CUUGUCAGUGUUUGUCUUUGCGUUCAAGUGUUUCUUUUUAAAAUUGCUUUUCACCAGAAAAAUCUCCCCAAGUCUUCCGUCUGCAUUAGACCUCGCUACUUGUCACUGUUCCCCCCUCGCGCAGAAUUGUCCGCAGAAUCAUCAUUAUUUAUAGCCAAGGAAACUAUCAAAAUAACAGGGACCUCUAUUGCUCUUUUGGUAAAUGGGUAUGUGUCGUAGUAAAGAAAAGAACUUAACGAGGUACUUGUGUUAAAAAGUAUCGCUUUUAUGGAUAACGCUAACAUUUUGUUUCUGAUCCCCAUGAACAUGGUUUUUAUAAAUUAUAAUAAUUUUCUUUCUUUCCGUUUUAACACUUGGUGGAACAAAGCCUCUUCUUUGAAACGAAAUGAAAUGGUCCAAAAUUUUGUCUACUCCAUGCUAGAAAUGUGAAGGUUCAUGCCUUUUCAAAUUAGUUGCCACAUGAUUGUCACACCACAUCCAUGUAUGAAAGACAUUGCAAAUACAUGUGCAUAAAAUGUUAAAAAACGAGGAUCAAAUACUUGGACAAAAUGAAUUGUAGGCAACAUGAGAAACAGAGAAAAAUUAGGAGAUCAAAGCCAACUAGUCAAGCUCAAGGCCUAACCUACAGUUAAUCUUAUCCAUGUAAAUGCUCUCUUUUACUUGAACAAGGUCAAGAAAACAUUGUGGCUCCACUGAUCAGUAAUUAAGCUCUCAUUCUGAACACACUCUCUCCCUCCCUCCCUCCCACUCUCUCUCUGACAAUUGUGUGGCUAGGCUCGGUGAACAAAUGGAUAAAUUCCAUUUGCCAUCACUUGAGUGAAUGCUAAUGCAUAACAAGAGUAGAAAUUUUGCAAGUCACAGGAAGGCUGUGUUCUUUUGCUUGUGACUUUGUUUCGCUUCUUUACGUCACAAGGAAAUAUGUAUCGUCUACCAGUAAAAAGUAACCUAGUUGAUUCAGGUUCAGACACAACCAAGAAAGGUUUUGGAGACAAUAACCAACCCCUUUGUCCAAAACCCCGCCGGCUUGGACCAGCUUUACCGGAAUUUCUCAAGCCCUUCAGAUGUAGCAAGCAUUGCCAGCCAAUUACUGACGAAAGAAGUGGAAUUCUGAGCCUUGUUGCUGAUAAGGCAAUUGAUGGUGGAGAAACCAUAUGCACAGGGUGCUCACCAUGCUGUUACUCAGGAUCUCCUCCGGGAAGAACUGAUAAUCCAUUGGUUCAUGAUGUUCAGUUCAUUCAUCAAAUGGAGCUUCUUUCACCAUUUACAAGAACCAAACUUACUGAUAAAUUUGGGUUCACCUCUACCUCUCCAAUAUGAUAGAGUUUAGGGAUGGUUGUCCAAAGAAUGAGAUCGUCCUUCAAAUGGGAUUUUUUUGCGCCACUAGUACUAUUUUUUGUGGUGUUGAUUAGUACAAGCAUAAACUAUUUUGUUCUUGUUAUCUCCCCCCAUCUAUGCAGUGCGGCUCUCCUUUGUAAAUACCAUGAGAUGAAAAAGAGCCACUUGUAUCUUGUACAUAUUGCUUGAUCAAAAGAUGAAGCCUUUUUGAA